CCCAGCUUUAUUGACAACGCGGCAACGUUGACAUCGCAGGAUGGCCGGGAGCUGCUCGGCAUGGCACCGGCUAGCCAGUGUGUAAUAGACAACAGCUAAGCAAACACGAACAUGGAGGCUUCAAAUGUGGCAGUAUUACCUCAAGAGCUUCCAGAGCCACCAGAUUCAGCCUGCAUUAAAAAUCAGACCGAUAGGAGUGAAUCAAGCAAAGGAGCAAAUGUGGCUGAAAGUUCCUCCCAGUGCGAUGACUUGCAGACCUCUUUCUUAAAAAAUUUGUGUGUCAAUGAUCAGACAGAUCUAGAAGCCAGGAAAAGUUGUGAGGCCCGAUGGUUGCAGUUAUUUCAGCUGGUUGAACGGCAAUGUCAAGAACAGCUAGAUGCCCAACAAGAAAAGUUCAGCCAUCAGUUCCAGCUCAUCCGAGAAGAAAUUAAGCACUUGGCCCAUUUACAAGAAGGCAGCUCUCCUUGGAGUUAUGUAACUGGCAAUGCCGUUUUGCCUGUGACAUAUGAUACCCAUUCUCUAAAACCUCAAGAUGAGCAGCGUACACAGGAUGAAGAAAGGGGGAAGAACUCGAGCAACCCACUCCAUCUGCUUAGAGAACUUGAUAUUCGGCAAAGAGCUUUUAUUACACAGGAGCAUUUUUUGGAGAACACAUCCAUCAGCAGCGGCUAUGGAACACAUUCUGCCUCGGAGCCAAACGCUUGUUUAAGCAGCUGCAGUCAGAAUACCUCAAGGGAGACAAGACUGCCUGCAAAAGAGACUUUAAAAGAAUGCAGGGCUGAGUCGCAUCAUUUAAAGCACGUACCUGUAGAAAGUGAAAAACCCUUUAAGCUGCUACCUGGUGCAUGGUGUCAUCAGAAAUCCUCUGAGGGGCAUUCAUCGGAGAAUUCAGAAUCUCAUUUCAACUGUGAUAAAAAUACUACCUGCAGCAGUAGUCAGCCAAACAGAUCACUGACAACCUGGGCUCAGAAGCUGAAAAGAGCUCCGUGUAAAAAGUCUACCAAAAUGGACCAGAUUCCUGCUCAUUCAGCUGAGUUACAUUCUCCUUCUGAUCUGGAAUGCACAGAUGGUUCAUCAAAUACAUUUUACCUCAACAAUCGGACAGAAAGUGUAAAUUCUUUAUUUUCUGGGGGAUCUGGGUUUACAUACUGGAUGAUGGAUGACAAGGAGAUGUACCAUCCUUUGCCUGAACAUUUUGAAAGUGGAUUCUCAAAACUUUUUACACCCAAAGAGGCUGGAGAAGUGAUGAUUCCGUCUCUAACAGAUAUAUAUCACCAGAAACAAAGAGGCCAUGGGCAGGGCUCUGUCUGGGAACCUGUGUCUCCUUCUGAGCACACUCAUCCUCCAGAGAUAUUGACAUUGGAUCCAACGCUACACAGAAAGCCUUCUCACAAUGCAGUAUCUUCCAAAUCUCAAUGUAAUGAGAGCUACGCGGCCCCUGUGACGCCUGACUCCAUUUUAGAAAAUCCUUCUUACAAUCAGGAUGAUGAAGAGACUGCUUCGAAUACUUCAUCUUUGUUGGGUGAUUCCUCAAAUAGGUCACCCCAGUGUCUAACAGCAGGCGAUAAGCAGUGGAAAUCCACCAGAUACAAAGUGAAGAAAAAUAUAGACUACCAGCUGUGUCAUGGAGGCGCUAGCAGUGAUGAAAGGAUGAACUGUACCGAGGAUGAAGCAAACAGUUUGGCGUCGUCUCCACUAUCUCAAUCGCCAUUGCCGCCUGCAGACAAAACGCCUUGCUCCUCUGGCAUCUAUCCUAUGGACCAUCCCGUAAUGCUUUCCAACAUCCGCCGAAGUUUAAGGGAAAAACAUGCUCGACACUUGGCGGAUUUACGAGACUACUAUGAGUCGGAAAUCAGUAACCUAAAGCAGCAACUUCUUGUCAGUAACAAGUCCACUUCGACUGAAGACCUGAUGAAGAUCAACAGUCUUACUGAACGAUGUGCCCAGAUGGAAGCAGCUUUAACAGAAGCAAGUAAACGAAUCCAUGUAUUUGAGAACAGAAAUAGUGAACUUGAAAUACAAGGGGCUGAAUGGAAGGAACGGUAUUACACGGCAACUGGCACUUCAAAGGACUUACAAGAACAAAUUGAGGAAAUGAGAGCAAGGAGUAAAGAAAAAGAAAAUGCCAUCAGCAGAUUACAGUCCAGACUCAAAGAAGUUGAAGAAUCACUUCAGAAGACUAUUAGGCAGUCAGAUGACAAAGAAGCACGAAUAAAACAAGAGCAUAAAAUGUUUCAAGACCUUUUAUUGGACUAUGAAUCACUUGUUAAAGAACAUGAAAGAGUAAAGGAUACUCUUGGUGUAACAGAGAACAAAUUAUGUGAUGCACUUAGUGAAGUGAAUGAGCUCAGAAGGACAGCUUCAAAACUGGAAACCCAAAUUAAACAACUGGAGCACGACAACAUGGUAAAGUUUCAUCAUAAAGCAGAAGGCCAGUUGUGGACAUCCCGGCCUAAAAAUGAGAUGUUCCGCACAAGUGGCAAUCCAUACGGUGUGGAUGUAGCAGUCCACAAGUGUCUGGCUUCUGAAGCAGAGUGUUCCGCCUUCACUGGCAAGCCACUUGAUAACAAAGCCAAAGAGAUGGAGAGGGAACAAGACCUAAUGUAUGGGCAAAACAGGUACCAAUCUCCUCCAGAAAAGGAUGCUGUGCAUGAUAUCUUGUCCUCUAAACCUAAAACUGAAGACCACAGCAGUGAGGAGAGUCCUAUUCUAAAAGCAUUGAGAGAUUAUGAAGAAGAGAAAGAAAUGAAAAUGUGGAGCAAUUUUACAAACAGAGACAGCGCAUUUCAUAGAAUGUCUUCCAAGAGACACCUGAUGGGUAUCAGUGACUGUUGUACCCCCCGUGGCUCUCCCGAGAAAAGUAAAGAACGACAGAGGCAGCCUAACUCUCCAUGUGGGCCACGAUCUUCUUCACUCCCACCAUCAAACCGCAAGUCUGUUAGUACACCAACAAAACGUGAAUUGAUGUUAAUGCCAUUGUCUGUAAAACACAGCCCAAAGCGUUCUCCAAGUGAAAACCUCUCUCCAGGUUUAAGCCAGUUACUACAUAGUGAGGAGAACACUGUGACAAGAAAUCAGAGUCCAAGAAAGAGACUGCAGUUUAUGUCCUUGGAAGACCCAGAAGUGAGGCAAAAGACUAUAAUUAAUUCAGAGAAUAGCGGUGAGUCACAGUUUCCUCUGUUAUUACCACCAUUCGAGACUGAAAUCACAUACAACGAGAGGAUGAAAACCAUUUCUGAGACAGAGCGGCUUUUUGAUGAGUUAACUGAAGAGAAAAAACAGAUUGAAGCUGCCCUUAGCAGAAUGCCAGGGACUGGUCGCAGACUGAGCCUGAAGAUGAGAGCUACAAAGGAAAGUUUGGAAGAUCGUUUGGAAAAGAUCAACCGCGAACUGGGUUCAGUUCGAAUGACUCUAAAGAAAUACCAUGUGCUACCUACAUCAGCAAAUAUUUGAUCCAUUAAGAAAACCCCACAGCUGUCACUUUGCACUAAUGUAUAUAUUUACUGCACUGACCAAUGCUAAUGGCUAAAAGCCAAUGACCUCUCAGACCUUUUACUGCUUUAAUAAUCUUUCUAUUUCAUGCAAGCUCUUUUUAUUGUACACAGAUUUUUCUUACACAGACUGUAAAAUUUAUAUUUUAGUAUCUGAAGUGGCCAAAUUUGAGGUAUAGGAUACAAAGGUAAAGAUUUUAUUAGGUACCUUGUGCCCCCCUUAGCUUUUAUAGUGUAAUAUAUUUAUUAGUAUCAUUAUUAUGGUCAUCCUGGUACAACUAUCACAGUGCUUCCAGAUUUAAGUUUUGUUAAAUCCAAAUCUUGUGAAACAUAUCUUGCAAUAUGAAGUAUUUGGUUACCACAUGUAUUAUGUUUGUCUGUUUUGUAAAGACCUUCACUGCUUUGCUGGGCAAUGCAUUGUAAGGCUAGCCUGUGUUCUUCUGAUUUACCUCGUAGAUACUUGGUGGAACAAAAAAAAAAUGAAGCCCAGUAAUGUGACACUUUUUAGAGCACAGCACAAUGCAGCAAU